GCCGCCCCGGCCGCCGACCUCGCACCCAAGGACCCGAUCAAGGGCCUCUUCGGCCAGCAGGCCGGCGACACGACCGGCGGUGGCGGCGGGCCCAACAAGAAGCGCGACGGCAAGGACCCCAAGGGCAACAAGAAGGGCACCGACGGCGGCGAGGGCGGGCCCGGUGGGCCCCAGGCCCCGAACCCGAGCGCGACGACGCUCGUCGCGACCACCGUCGCCAUGUACGUCCUGUACCGCCUCUCGAGCCAGUACGACCCGACCAGCCGCGAGAUCACCUGGGCCGAGUUCCACUCGGCCUUCCUGUCCAAGGGCCUCGUCGACAAGCUCACCGUCGUCAACAAGAGCCGCGUCCGCGUCCACCUGCACUCGAACGCCCAGCCGCAGGGCGCCGCGCCGGGCCAGGGCGCCUACUUCUUCAGCAUCGGCUCGGUCGAGGCGUUCGAGAAGCGCCUCGACGAGGCCCAGCACGAGCUCGGCAUCCCUCUCGGCGAGCGCCUCCCCGUCGCGUACCACGACGAGAUCCCGCUCGGCCAGACCCUCCUCAACCUCCUCCCGACCCUCCUCCUCAUCGGCUCGACCGUGUGGAUCUACCGCCGCAUGACGGGCGGCGGCGCAGGCGGCGGCCUUCUCGGCGGCGGCGGCGGUGGACCCGGUGGCGGCGGUGGACCGGGCGGCAUCUUUGGCGUCGGCAAGAGCCGGGCCAAGAUGUUCAACCACGAGACCGACAUCAAGGUCAAGUUCAACGACGUCGCCGGCAUGGACGAGGCCAAGGAGGAGAUCAUGGAGUUCGUCAAGUUCCUCAAGAACCCGGAGCACUACGAGCGCCUCGGCGCCAAGAUCCCUCGCGGCGCCAUCCUGUCGGGACCCCCCGGUACGGGCAAGACGCUCCUGGCCAAGGCGACGGCGGGCGAGGCCGGCGUCCCGUUCCUGAGCGUGUCCGGCUCCGAAUUCGUCGAAAUGUUCGUCGGCGUCGGCGCCUCAAGGGUCCGGGACCUGUUUGCGCAGGCCAAGAAGAACGCGCCCGCGAUCGUGUUCAUCGACGAGAUUGACGCGAUCGGCAAGGCGCGCGGCAAGGGCGGCCAGUUUGGCGGCAACGACGAGCGCGAGUCGACCCUGAACCAGCUCCUCGUCGAGAUGGACGGGUUCGGCACGGGCGAGCACGUCGUCCUCCUCGCCGGCACCAACCGCUCGGACGUCCUCGACCCGGCCCUGAUGCGCCCCGGCCGCUUCGACCGCCACAUCAACGUCAGCAACCCGGACGUCGGCGGCCGCCGCCAGAUCUUCAACGUCCACCUGCGCAAGCUCCCCGCACCCGACUCGCCCCUCGGCAAGCUCAUCGCCAAGCUCGCGGCGCACACGCCCGGCUUCUCGGGCGCCGACAUCGCCAACGUCGCCAACGAGGCGGCCCUCAUCGCCGCCCGCCUCGGCGCCAACGCCGUCAGCGAGAAGCACUUUGAGAUGGCGAUCGAGCGCGUCAUUGCCGGCAUGGAGCGCAAGAGCCGGGUCCUCGACAAGGACGAGAAGAAGACGGUCGCGUACCACGAGGCCGGUCACGCCGUCUGCGGGUGGUUCCUCGAGUGGGCCGACCCGCUGCUCAAGGUCUCGAUCGUCCCUCGAGGUGUCGGCGCGCUCGGCUACGCACAGUACUUGCCCAAAGAGCGGUACCUGUACACGACCGAGCAGCUCGUCGACCGCAUGUGCAUGACGCUCGGCGGGCGCGUCGCCGAGGAGAUCUUCUUCAAGCGGAUCACGACGGGCGCCCAGGACGACUUGCAGAAGGUGACGAGGAUGGCCAUGGAGGUCAUCGCCAACUACGGCAUGAACCCGGCCGUCGGCCCGUUGUCGUACCGCCAGGACCAGGAGUCGUUCCAGAAGCCGUUCUCGGAGAAGACGGCGCAGCUCAUCGACGACGAGGUCCGCUCGAUGGUUCGUCGCGCGCACCAGCGGUGCCACGACCUCCUCACCGAGAAGAAGGAGCAGGUCGACAAGGUGGCGCGCGUCCUGCUCGACAAGGAGGUCCUCAGCCGGAGCGACAUGAUUGCCCUUCUCGGCCCUCGACCGUACGGCGACGCGUUCGACGACGCCGUCUCGUUCGGCUCUGCAGCGCCCGAGCCGACGGGCGACAAGGAGGCGCCGCUCGGUCACGGCAUCGAGGGCGGCCUCGGCGGCGGCAUCGGCAACGAGGUCCCGAGCCCCAAGGGCAUCGACCAGGGCAUGUGAGCGCUCGACCGCUCGGCCCGCGUGGUCCUCUCGAGCAGACGCCCUUCCGCGCCCGCUCUGCCGGCCGUUCCUCCUGCACCCUCGUCCCGGCCUUCUAGCUCCCCCCCUCUCUCCUCUACACAUAGUCUGUACCUGUAGCAUCUUGAGCCUCGAAGAGCGCAACGCACGAUUCUAUCG